AUGGGAGAAAUAAAAAAUUAUUUUAAUAAUAAAGAUCUGGACUGCAACUAUGAAUAGAAGGAAAGUUUAUAUGACAUUUUAGCAUCAUCAAAAGAUAUUAAUGAAUUAAGUCUUAGAGUCAUAUUAGAAAUUUUAGAAAGUAAAAAACUUAAGACUUUCUGGAUUUUAUUUCUAAAGAUUAGAAUCAAGAGGAAUAAGACUAAUAUAUGUUUUAAAUUGAAAAUGUCUAUCCUGUUAAAAACACUUAGGAGUAAAAUACUCUAAUAAAUAAUAUUAAGUUACUUGCCAAUGGUACGAAAAAUAUUCAAGAACAUGACUUCAAUAAAAAGAAUUAUUCAACAGAUGAACAUAUAGAGACUAGAAAACAACUUAUAACAAAAAUAUCUAAUGAAAAGAACAUACUUGAAUUUUUAAAAUUUUUAGUUCGCCUUACUGCUAUAGAUAAAAAUUCAUAUAAUGUAGAUCGAAUUCUUUAAAUUUACUAGUGGAAAUGAAGGCUGA